AUGAAUCUUUGUACAAGAGAUAUCCCAGUUGAUCCCCACUUUCCACGUUGUGGCAAUAUUCAAGAAUCAAUAGAGCUUAUUUUAUUGACAUGCCCUUUUGCUUGUUCGGUGUGGCUUGGAUGUAGUUUGUCUCACAAGGUCCCGGAAGGUAAUGGGAUCAUUUUUCAUGAGUGGAUUAAUGGCUGGAAGAUUUUUUCAUCAAAAGGAAAGAAAGCAAGUAAGGAAUUGAUAUCCUUAUGCACUUUCAUUUGUUGGCAUCUAUGGCUUGCUCGAAACGAUUUUCUUUAUGGGAAGAAGGUUUGGUCACCUCUUGAAGUGAUUCAAGUGGCUGAAAAUCAUUUCAAAGAAUAUUAUCAAAGCAUCUUUCCUCCCCAUCGUUUGGCUUCAACAUCUCUUCCAACCGCUUUCUUGGUUUUUCAAUGUGAGCAACCUCCUGCAAAUUAUUUCAAAAGUAAUUGUGAUGCAAGUCUCCGCCCUAGAUCAAUGCAUGGAUGUUUAGGUAUCAUUUGUCGUGACCAUCAAGGCCGCCCUUAUUUUGCCAUCUCAGAUCUAGUUCAGUUUCAAUCGGCUUUGGUUGGUGAAGCAAUAGCAAUCCACUCAUCUCUUUUGGAAGCAAUUUCUGAAGACAUUACUCAUGUUGUGGUGGAGAAUGACAACAAAGAUGUUAUCAUCUACUUGAACAAUGGAACUUCAUCAGCAUCUUUGACUGUCAAUGCCAUAUUGGAAGACAUUCUCCAUUUGAAGACCUAUUUUGGCUCUUGUAUUUUUUCUUUCGUUCCAAGGGAGUUUGACAGCUUAGCUAAUUCCCUGGUAAGGAGGGCCCUGUCUGUGAUGGGUAGGACAGUUUGGCCCAUUUCCGAUCCUUAG